AUGAAUGAUCUUCGUGACUUUGAAAUACCAGGUUUAUUAGAUAAUAAUUCUAUCUAUGACUUUUUCUAUAUUAACUACGAUCAAUGGUACAAUGAUUUUGUUAAUCAUUGGGCAACUCAUCAUCGAACACAUCCAUGUGCAGCAACAAGAAAGAAUAUAGAUCCUGGCUGUAUGAGAUGUUUUGUCUUGGAUGGCAUGCAAAAAGUUGCGAGACCAAUUUGUACUAAUAAGAAUAAACAGGAAUGUACCGAAGAAUUUCCUGAUGGAAUUUACAUUGGCUGUGGUUACACACCGAAAGCAAAGUCCGGCUUAUGUGAAUCAUGCCGUGAAUCCAUUUUAUUAAAAGAUAGUGAAACAUCUUUAUUAACUGAUGAUGAUAAAGGGAUUUAUGAUGAUCCAUUGAUGGGAUGA